AUGUCUGCAAAUUCACCGCCUGGAAAGAGUGAUGGCGGUGAUCCGCAAGAUAAUAGGUCUUUGCCAAGCGUCCCGCCAAAUGCUAUGGAAAACUUAGGUGCUCGGAUACGGGAUCUGGAUGUGGAUUCGAUUCGUCGGUAUUUGGCUCAGAAACUGGGAUUUUACGAUCAGAUCGAAUCGUCAACGUCUUCUGAAAAAGUUCUAGAUGAGGUUAGCUUGGAAGGUAUAGUAAAUUGGAUCAAAAGCGAGAGGUGUAAAAAUAUUAUUACACUAGCCGGCGCUGGCAUUUCAACAUCUGCAGGAAUUCCUGAUUUUAGAAGCCCUGAAACUGGCCUGUAUCACAAUUUGCAGAAAUAUGACCUUCCUGAACCACAAGCAAUAUUCGAAAUUAAUUUCUUCAGGCAGAAUCCAAAGCCAUUUUUCAUGCUAGCCAAAGAACUCUAUCCAGGAAGCUUUAAACCUACACCAUCACACUACUUUAUAAGGCUUUUACAUGAGAAAGGAUUGUUGCUUCGCCAUUACACACAAAACAUAGACACUUUGGAGAGGUGUGCUGGUAUUCCUGAAGAGAAACUAGUGGAGGCACAUGGCACAUUUUAUACCUCACACUGUCUGGAUUGCCGUAAGGAAUAUCCACUUGAGUUUGUUAAAGAGCACAUUUUCACAGACCAGAUUCCAAUAUGUACAGUAUGCCCUGGUAUUGUCAAGCCUGACAUCGUGUUCUUUGGGGAGAGUCUACCAGAGAGGUUCCAAAGAUGUCUACAGGAAGACUUUCAACAUUGUGACAUGCUGAUCAUUAUGGGAUCUUCUCUUGAAGUCCAGCCUUUCGCUUCACUCAUAGAUAUGGUACCUGAUUGGUGUCCACGUCUCCUCAUAAAUCGUGAGAAGGCGGGUGUAAGGUCACCCUUGUUGAGGCUGUGGGGGGUGAUGGGAGGAGGUUUACAGCUCGAUGAUGAUUCAGUUCGUGAUGUCGCAAGACUCGGUGACUGUGACGACGGCGCUCAAGAUCUUGCUGAUAGGCUUGGCUGGGGAGACGAACUGCGCGCUCUAGUGGCGAGCGAACAUGAGCGCCUGGACCGUGAAGGCCGUGUCCCCGCGGCUUUUCCGUCGCGGUCGGGCUGCACACCAGUCUCGACCACUCUAACUGAGCACAAACUAUGA